UUAUUCUUGUUGGAUAAGAUCGCAGGAGGAGGAGGAGUCACAGCUUCUGUGUGCUAAACUAUUCUGACAAAUCAAAUAACCAGUGACUGUAACAUGAGGACCGGUGGAGAAUGAUAUCUCAUCCUGAAGGUUGUUACAGAAAGCCAGAGAAAAUGAACGGGUCGAACGGAUACGUGAUCAUUUAUUUAGUGGCCGUGAUUAGUUUCUGUGCGGCAGAGGCUUUGAACAUCUCGGCGGUGGAUGGAGACGGAAGAGAGAAUGGGACCGAGGCAGAUGGAGGCGGCUCGGUUCCCCUGGUGCUCACCAAAGUAAGCCAGAUCAUCGCCCGCGAGGGGAACUGUGCUUUAAUAGACUGUAAUAUCACCGGCGACCCUUUUCCAAACAUCCAGUGGUUCAACUCGCACGGACACCUGCUUGAUACUAAGAAAAGUGAUGGUAAAUGGUGGAUUCUGGACAACGGUGUCCUCAACAUCACCAGCAUCACGUUCGCAGACCGCGGCAAAUACACGUGCAUGGCCUACAAUGCGCACGGCAAGGCCAACUGCACGGUGACGCUGCGCGUGGUCUUCACCAACGGAGAUAUGGGUGUGUACUACAUGGUGGUGUGUCUGGUGACGUUUACCAUCAUCAUGAUUCUGAACAUCACUCGCCUUUGCAUGAUGAGCAGCCAUCUGAAGAAAACCGAGAAGGCCAUCAACGACUUCUUCCGCACGGAAGGCGCGGAAAAGCUCCAAAAGGCCUUUGAGAUCGCGAAGCGUAUUCCUAUCAUUACCUCGGCAAAAACGCUGGAGCUGGCGAAGGUCACACAGUUCAAGACCAUGGAGUUUGCGCGCUACAUCGAGGAGCUAGCGCGUAGCAUACCGCUCCCACCGCUGAUCAUGAACUGCCGCACCUUCAUGGAGGAGAUCCUCGAGGUCGUCGGCGUAGAGGAAAUGAGACACACUUUUGUCCGACAAGCACCUGAGAAUCACGGUGGGGCGGCUGCUGGCACUUCCGAUGAUGUUUUCACUAUCUUGCGCGAAAGAGAGCGGGCGAGGGAGAGAGAGAGGGAGCGCAGCGAUUCUCCCGCCCUGGACUCGGACGACGCGUCGCUUCACGAGCAGCCUCAGCACAUGGCCAUUCAGGUUUCGAUUCAUCCGCCGUUAGCUGCAGCAGGAUGCUGUAACGAGGAAGCUCCGCCUCUUUCCAAAAUAGUCUCCUCUCCAUCCCCAUUGGCUCAGCUGCCUCUGGAGGCGGAGUCUGAGGAGAAGGAAAACAAGGAGGAGUCUGUACAAGUAGGUGGUGCUGCACAGAAAACCCAAGUCAUUUAUGAAAGCCAUGUGUAAUAUCCUCAACGAAGAUUAAUGACCUCGCUAUGCAUUUUCUUGGGGAACGAAAAGGUCAAGAUUUGUGUUUCUUCUCAGAAGUUGCUUUCUAUUAGUCAUCUUAGGAAAGAUGAAGAAUAGAUGCAUUUGUGUUUGGGUGAAUCUCGCAAAACUCAUAUUUCUGGGUCAUAUUUUACCUUGGGGAGAACAAAAGAGGAAUUGUAUUUUGCCUAAAGAAAAUAAAGCCCAUUUUCCAUAGUUUCUGCAAUGCGUUGUGAUAUUUUAAUGAAGUUAACCCUCCAUCUUUAGAAGCUAUUGUAAUUCAUAAAAUGUUCUCAUUACAGUAAAAUUUCAAAAAUAUAUAUUUUUUUAAUUUUAAAUGCUCCAUAUUCAUUCAGUUAUACAUCUUGGGUUGUAUUUGUGACGGCGGAAUUGAAUUUAGG